AAACCUGCAACAACACCAAAAGUGUUCCAAUGGCUUCGAUUACGCUGUGUGCUUUCUUUCUUCCGUCGUCGAACGACCGCUCUCUUGUUUUACCUGCUCAUACACGCUACAGAGGAAGAGAAACUUUUUGUGCAGGCAGAUUGAGAUGUUCUGCUACAGGGGAACCUCAACAGCACCAGCAGGUUCCCAAUCCCAGCAAAUCCAAGAGACCUCUGAAGAAGGAAAUCUCUGCCAACGAAGAGACUGGAGUCGACCCAUCUGGUUUCCUCACCAAACUCGGCAUUUCUCACAAAGCCUUUGCUCAGUCUCUUCGCGAGAGGUAUAAAUCCUUGAAGGACCUCAAAGCUCAGCUCUUGACGCGCUUCGCUAAUUUAAUGGAGAUGGCUUCUGGAUAUGAGUUAUUGGGCGUGCAUCGUAAUGUGCAUCAUCGGCUAGAUUUCAUGGAGUGGGCUCCAGGUGCUCGCUACUGUGCAUUGGUGGGUGAUUUUAAUGGGUGGUCACCGACAGAGAACAGUGCAAGAGAGGGUCACUUUGGCCGAGAUGAUUAUGGGUAUUGGUUAAUCAUUAUUGAAGACAAACUCAGGGAGGGAGAAAAACCUGAUGAAUUCUAUUUUCAGCAGUACAACUAUGUGGAUGACUAUGAUGAAGGUGACAGUGGUGUUACCAUAGAAGAAAUUUUUAAGAAGAUGAAUGAUGAGUAUUGGGAACCCGGAGAGGACCGUUUUAUUAAAUCACGUUUUGAGAUUCCAGCCAAGUUAUACGAGCAGAUUUUUGGUCCUAAUGGGCCCCAAACGGAAGAGGAACUGGAAGAAAUACCAGAUGCGGAAACAAGAUAUAAAGCAUGGAAAGAAAAGCACAAAGAUGAUCCUCCAAGCAACUUACCUCCCUUUGAUGUGAUAGAUAAUGGAAAGGAAUAUGACAUUUACAAUGUCAUAGAUGAUCCUGUUAGGCGAGCAAAGUUUCGUGCUAAGAAGCCUCCUGUGGCAUAUUGGUUAGAGAUGCGAAAAGGAAGGAAAGCAUGGUUAAAAAAAUACACUCCAGGCAUACCUCAUGGAAGUAGAUACAGGGUUUAUUUCAACACUCCCAGUGGACCUUUGGAACGAGUUCCUGCUUGGGCUACUUAUGUGUUUCCUGAUGGAGAUGGAAAGCAAUCUUAUGCCGUGCACUGGGAGCCACCUCCUGAAAGUGCAUACAAAUGGAAAAACAUGCGCCCGAAAGUGCCAAAGUCUCUUCGUAUAUAUGAAUGCCAUAUUGGGAUUAGUGGAUCAGAGCCAAAAGUUUCAACUUUCAAUGAAUUCACUUUGGAGGUCCUUCCACAUGUAAAAGAAGCAGGGUACAAUGUAAUUCAGUUGAUUGGAGUUAUUGAGCACAAAGAUUAUUCUUCUGUUGGUUACAAAGUGACAAAUUUGUUCGCUGUUAGCAGUCGAUUUGGCACUCCUGAUGACUUCAAGCGUUUGGUUGAUGAAGCACAUGGGCAUGGGUUGCUAGUCUUCUUAGAUAUAGUCCAUUCCUACUCAGCUGCGGAUGAAAUGGUUGGAUUGUCGCUAUUUGAUGGAUCAAAUGAUUGCUACUUUCAUACUGGUAAACGAGGGCAUCACAAAUACUGGGGUACUAGAAUGUUCAAGUAUGGAGAUCUUGAUGUGCUACAUUAUCUUCUUUCAAAUCUGAAGUGGUGGGUUGUAGAGUAUCAAGUUGAUGGUUUCCAGUUCCAUUCGCUCGCAUCCAUGAUGUAUACACACAAUGGUUUUGCUUCUUUUACCGGUGACAUGGAAGAGUAUUGCAAUCAGUAUGUAGACAAGGAUGCUUUGAUAUACCUGAUCUUGGCAAAUGAGAUGCUACACGAGCUUCAUCCUGAUAUAAUAACAAUUGCUGAAGAUGUCACACUUUAUCCUGGGAUUUGUGAGCCAACUUCGCAAGGCGGUUUGGGAUUUGAUUAUUAUGUCAAUUUUUCUGCAUCAGAGAUGUGGUUGUGGUUCCUUGGGAAUGUCCCUGAGCAUGAAUGGAGCAUGGAUAAGAUUGUGAGUGUACUAGGAGGCAGCAAACAAAAUAGAGAUAAGAUGCUUGUGUAUGCUGAGAACCACAAUCAAUCCAUAUCUGGAGGCUGUUCGUUUGCAGAAAUACUGUUUGGUGACGUAAAGGAGGAUUCCUUUGAUUCCGAGAAUCCAGUGCUUAGAGGAUCUUCUCUAUACAAAAUGAUCAGAUUAAUUACAUUUACCAUAAGUGGCCAUGCUUACCUCAACUUCAUGGGAAAUGAAUUUGGGCAUCCAAAGAGGAUCGAAUUCCCUAUGCCUAGCAACAACUUCUCGUAUUCGCUUGCCAACCGUAACUGGGAUUUGUUGAAGGAUAAAGGGGUGCAUAAUGAUCUGUUUCUCUUUGAUAAGGACAUGAUGAAGUUGGAUGAAAAUGAAAGAAUGCUUUCAAGAGGUCAAUCCAACAUCCACCAUAUAAAUGACACUACCAUGGUGAUAUCUUACAUGAGAGGUCCUUUUCUCUUUGUAUUCAAUUUCCAUCCUAAGAGUUCCUAUGCAAGAUACAGUAUAGGUGUAGAGGAAGCUGGAGAGUAUCAGGUAAUACUGAAUACUGAUGCAAUCAAAUAUGGAGGUGAAGGACAUGUAAAAAAUGAUCAAUAUACUCAAAAAACCAUUGGUAAAAGAGUUGAUGGCCUUCGAAACUGCUUAGAGAUUCCACUGCCUCGUAGAAGUGCUCAGGUUUAUAAGUUAACUCGAAUUUUAAGAAUAUGAGCUGUUCUGCUUUG